UCCGAGCAGAGAUGGCAUCCAAAACUCCCUAUACUCCAGUUGCAAACAAGGGUAAAGCCAUUGCGAAGAGUUCAAAUGCUUCCAAACGGCCGCGAGCUGAUCCUACAUCCUACCCAAUUUACCUUACUGCCAAAGCUGAAGAAUGGGCCCGAGUGAUACAAUCAUUGCCCCUCCACGGGGAGAGAGAAGUUAACCUUUCUAACAUCAAGCUCACAGGCAUUUCGGAAGUCAUUCAUGCUAAGAAGUGGCACAAAUUUUGUGGUAAAUUUGAAUGUGAACACAGCCUAUACACACUCGGAAUGGAUCUUCAAGAAGCGACUACUCUCCCCAUAGAUCCCUCUUUAUGACAUGUGGACGGGACUCUCGAAGAGGCAACAGGGCGCAUCCAGACCAUGCCUUCACAAGGGUAACUUCCUUUCCGGCAUUUAAAUGCCGCCUUCCAAGUUAUUAUUGAGAUUCAAACCUUCAAUACUCCUAUUGUACUCUUUAUGCUUUAUCGUUGAACUAUACCCGUGAGAGAAUAUUUGGCAUCAUUUGCUGCUACUAGUUGUGGCUCGAGGAGCAAAAAUUUAAUUGUCUUCCCUAAAUAGCAAUGUCAACAAAACUUUAUAAAUAACAACAAAGCUUUAAU